AUGGAGCGCGUUCGAGCCCUACUGCUUGAUGGCAAUCUGCCGAAGCAAUUGUGGGCGGAGUGUGUCUGUCAUGUGACCACUCUCGUUAAUAUGACACCCAGCUCAACGACUAACGGCCGUACGCCAUAUGAGCUCUGGUACAACCGCAAACCAUCCAUGGACUACAUCAAAGUAUUCGGAUGUAGUGCCUACGCACAUAUCACAGAACAGUAUCGUGAUAAACCUGAUGCGCGAGCACGCUUAUGUAUGUACCUCGGUCUCCCUGAGCACAAGAAAGGCUAUCGCCUCAUGGCCGUAAAUACCCAUGCCAUUGUCUACAGCCGUGAUGUAACUUUUAGAGAGGACGAAUUCCCUCGUUUACAGACCUUGACAAACACUGAGCAAUCAUCACAGAUGCAACAAUCUAGUACUGUGCAAACGAAUCUUCUUGCACCCCGACCUGCAACGACAUCUUCUGCAGCGCUGCCCGUACUGUUCCCACUCAGGGAGGCUAUUAAACGCACACAUUACACAUUUUGUGGGGAGACGAUAUCUGAUCCUCCUUCUUCUCCUACGACUAAGAAACCCCAUCUCGACACCGUCGACAUGAAUGUAGCCCUCAACUCUGAGGAAGACUUACAGGAGCAAAAGCAGCGCAGGUCAUUACUGUACACAUUACUAGCUAUUCGCCAAAUCGGAAUACAAGUCCCUCAUGGAUAA